AUGCGGGCGACGGUGUAUCAGCGGUGGCAGGACGUGGAGGGCGGGCUCGGUGGCCUGGCGGCGCGCUUUGCGAGCGGGUCCGUGGCUGCCGCCCUCGCGGCGCGCGACAGCGACUGGGAGGCACUGGCGGGCGAGGAGGACCGGCGGCUGGCGGCGGGCGGCGGGACGGACCAGGCGCUGCGGCAGUCGUUCGACGACACGGGCGUGAGCCAGGCCUCGCUCGAGCGGCCGCUGCCCGCGUGGAACAGAGGGCACCUGCUCCUUCUCAAGCUCGGGUGGGAGAGCGGCAAGGGACUCGGCCGAAAGUCUGACGGCCGCCUCGAGCCGGCGAGCAUGAGCGAGCGGAUCCUUGCCGAGAGCGACGGCGAGGCGGCGGCGCGAAUCGCAGAGAACGAGCGGCAGGGCGCCAUCAAGGCGGCGCGCGAGGCGGAGGUCUCGUGCUUCUACUGCGAGGUGUGCGACAAGCAGUACCACAAGGUGACGGAGUGGGAGAACCACCUCUCCUCGUACGACCACCACCACAAGAAGCGUUUCAAGGAGAUGCGCGAGGCGGACAAGGCCCUUCGCGCGAGGGCCAAGGACACAAAGCCAAAGAAGCGCAGGGAGAAGGAGGACCCGGCGAUGGCUGCCGCCGCCGCCGCCGCCGCCGCCGCCGCUGCCGCCGCUGCCGCCGCCGCCGCCGCCGCCUCGAACGACGUCCCCGCUGCGCCCGGCCCCGUCGCGCCCGCCGUGCCCGCCGUGCCCGCCGCUGACGGCGCCUCUCUCGCCGCCGCGAGCGCUGUGCCGCCGCCCGCGCCAGCGCCAGCGAAGGUGGCAAGGCUGCCGGCGAGGAUGAGCUUGGGGCUGAGCAUGGGGAUGGCGAGGGGCGGCGGCCGCGGCGGAUUCGCGGGGCGCGGCCGUGGCCCCGGCAGACUGGCACUGGGUGCAACCGCCGGGUUCACGAUGGACGACGACGACGAGACCGAUCGGGGGAAGUCCUGA